AUUAUUAUUUUUAUGUAUGCUAUUACUAGUUUUACGGUACUGUAGCUCGUUUGGGUACCGUAUGUGACACGGUCUGCUUUACAGUGUGGAUGAAAGCAUUCAAUCAGAAUCAUUUAGGCGAAUCGGUUCGUUCGGAAAACUCGUUUCAGUGGUUCAAACUGAUUCAUCGAUUUUCCAGACGUCCAAAUUUCGGCGUAAUUCUUUUUUAUAGACGUAAAUGUUUAGUUAAAUAUUGCUGUAUUUACGAGUAAAUUGCAUACAGUGUCUUUGGAUUCAGCGAGCCGUUUUAAAGAUCUCGACUCAGACACUUAAAGCGUUUACCGAAGACCAUUUAUAGCAUAAUCCUUUUGUUGGUGCGUACAUUAGUAGUUAAAUACUACUGUUUUUUCUCUUUAAAAUGUCUCCUACAUUGUCCCAUCUCAAAUGAGUCCAAUGAUACACAUUCUGUGCGAAUCAGUUCAAAUGAGUUGUUCAGAAGAACGAUUCGGAUUCGAACUCCAUUAGUGGAUGGUGCGGCAGGAGCAGCGAAGAGAGCGCAGUCUCCAGCAGGGCUUCGGCUGUUCACAUCAUCUGCAGACAUGGAAAAGGAGGGCACUGAGAUUGUUGAAGAGACCGAGCAAAUGAUAGACCAGAAGGAGCCGGAGAAUCCCGUUUCUGCGGUUGUAGAUUCAAAAGAAAUGCGGGCUGUUGUUCUGACGGGCUUUGGUGGACUAAACAAACUCAAAGUCACCAAGAAACCAAUGCCAGAGCCUCAAGAAGGAGAAGUCAAAAUUCGCGUGAAAGCAUGUGGACUGAACUUUCUUGAUCUAAUGGUACGACAAGGAAAUAUUGAUAAUCCUCCAAAAACACCUCUUGUGCCUGGAUUUGAGUGUUCUGGGAUUGUAGAGAGUGUGGGAGAAAACACCACAGGCUUUGAGAUAGGUGACAGAGUGAUGGCCUUUGUAAAUUACAAUGCUUGGGCAGAGGUGGUUUGCACACCGUUGGAUUUCGUGUAUAAGAUCCCAGACGACAUGACAUUCCCAGAGGCGGCUGCCUUCUCUCUGAACUUCGUGGCUGCCUACAUGAUGCUGUUUGAAGUGGCCAAUCUCCAGGAGGGGAUGUCUGUAUUAGUUCACUCAGCAGGAGGUGGGGUGGGUCAAGCAGUUGCUCAACUUUGUUCCACCGUCCCCAAAGUCACUGUGUUUGGGACUGCCUCGCCCUUCAAACACGAAGCCAUAAAGCAUUCAGUCACUCAUCUCUUUGACAGAAACCUUGACUACGUUCCAGAAGUUAAGAAGAUAUCUCCAGAAGGAGUAGAUAUUGUACUGGACUGUUUGAGUGGAGAGAACACAGGAAAAGGCCUAACUUUGCUCAAGCCCAUGGGAACGUACAUCCUGUAUGGUUCAUCAAACAUGGUGACAGGAGAGACAAAAAGUUUCUUCAGUUUUGCUAAAUCUUGGUGGCAGGUUGAGAAGGUGAACCCUGUCAAACUCUAUGAGGAGAAUAAAGUCAUGGCCGGAUUCUCGCUCCUUAACCUCCUCUUCAAGCAGGGGGGAUGCAGCCGAGUCAAGACGGCGGUGCAAAAACUUCUUUCCCUCUAUGACCAAAAGAAGAUCAAGCCUAUUGUAGACUCCCUGUGGGCGCUUGAGGAGGUGAAGGAAGCCAUGCAGAGAAUCCAUGACAGAGGAAACAUAGGGAAGCUCAUUUUGGAUGUGGAAAAGUCUCCCACGCCUUUGAUGGCCAAUGAUAGCACAGAGACUAGUGAAGCAGGUGAGGAGGAAGAGGAACAAGAGGGAGACAAUGACAACAAGGAGCGAAUGCCCUUCAUUCAGUGAACCCAGACACAACCAGAGACUUUGAUGAACCUGAGCUGAGCUCUCUGACCCCGUGAAACAUUGUGAAACGUAUGUUUGUGUGAUGUGUUUGCUCUGUUGUUUGUCUGUAUCUUUGAAAGUUUUGGACAAUGCAGUCAGAAAUACCCCAAAACACUAAUUGUGCUGUUAAAUGUUUGACUUAAGUGCCAUUCUUAGUGCAGUGUUGAAUUGUUGCAGUGUUUCAGACCUAAACGUUAUUAUAGGAUUGACUUUUCGUGAAUGCCUUUUGAAGCCUUUUGGAUGUUUUAUUCGGCCCUGUCAGUCAGUGGAUGGACAGAUUGCUGCAGUCAGAGUCUAAAAUUAACACUUGCCAAGAGACAAAUGGAAGUUGAAAUUGGUUUUGGCAAGUAAAUUAAAUGCAGCAGUUGCUGGUAACUUUAUAAGGAACUGCAAUUUAAUACCCGGUGUAGGUCAGACAGUACUCUAAAAAUGCUGGGUUAAAAACAACCCACGUUGGGUUGAAAAUGGACAAACCCAGCGA